ACCUUAGUCGGCAAUAAAAACAAUGUUAAGCACGUGCUUUGCUCCUCCUCCUGCUCGGUGACUGAACUGUGAUUAGGGUUGGACAGGACUAUUGCAAACAAGAUAGCGUGGGUUGCGCCCAGGUGCGGAGUUCAGAAACAAGCCCUUACAAUAGGUGGAGAAAUUUACUUGGAAAACCUUAAGGAGUCAGGCACCCGGCUUUCACCCAUCUCUCUGCCCCGGUAGACUUUGGUAUUUUUGUUGGUUUGGUUUUUUUGGGUCUUUUUUUACCUUUUUGCCAUGAUCUUAACUUCCAAAACAAAGUUGGUUAUAGCAGCAGUUUGAAAAGCAGUGAUACUUGUGUGUUUGGAGUGUGUCAGAGAGAGUUAAAAGUCGGAUGGAUGGUUCCUGUGUGGCUAAAAAGUGAUAGGCAAUCAUCUCUUGAAAAAUACGUUUUACUCAUACAGUAAUUUGCUAGCAUGGGAUUUUGCAUCCCUUUCUUCCUUGUUGAAAAGUUUGCCUUGGAUUUCAAAUGGUCAGACCUUUAAAUUACUGGAUACGCAAAGUGAACUGAACUUCUAAUUGCAUUUGCCUGUUCUAUGUUAAAUAUCCAGAAAGGUUUACUCUCUUAAGUGGCCUUUUUAAAAUAAAUAUAUUUUCAGAUAGCUCUCUAAACUCUGCAGGCAAAUAUGCAUUCUUUAAAUUUUGUAUUUGUUUUAUUGUUGGCAGGUGAAGAGGUUUAAAAAGCAGUUACCUUUAAAAAUAUUAUGAUACUUACAGAGCUGAAAUGAGACACCAAAAUUUAGAUGAACAAAUUGUUUAAAAAUUAGAUGACAAAACAGUCACACAGUUCUUAAAAUAAUAUUUCUUAGUCUUGAGCUUAGGCACUUUUUUCCUGUUUGGAAAAAGUUUUCCAAGGAAAUGUUUUUGAAAGGUUAUACUUAAUCUCUUUUUAAUUACAAGAUGUCAGUAACAAAAAAAGUUGUCUGGAAAGAUGUGGUUUUUCCCCAUCACUUGCUUUAAGUCAUGGCAUUUAGAACAUGUAACUUCUUAUUUUCUUGGAAAAAGAAAUCAUCAUCAGUAUACCUCUAGUGAUGGCUGUGUUGUCUCUUUUUCUUUAAGUUGGCUGUUAAUAAAAAAUGUGGGACAGUAUCCCACAGCUUCCAUAAGUGGCUUUUGGUCUAUAACCAGUGUAUAUUAACUACUUAGACCUCAUUCCAGUUAGCUCAGAGAUGCACACUGAGAGCUGUUGAUGACUUGGUCCACUCCUAUCUGCACAUCCCAGAGGCCUUUUUUCCGGAAUAAAAAUGAGUACAGUUUUUUCAGUGGCAGCUCUCUCCUGGCCUUCUCUGAAAGGGAGACAAAAAAGAGGGAAAAAAAUCCCCAAAACCCUACCUUAAUGCUGUGACCAAAGUAACCUACUUAAUAGGAACAUUUAUGCAGGUUUACUACCUUGCUGGGAAAAGAUGAGACAGGAUCUCUGUAAAGCAAGACUUGGAGAGCCAGUCUAACAGUACCUUGUGUAGCUUUUUACAGAUGGCGUUGCAAAGACUUGGACAGGCAAGCCUGAAUUUAGCAAGUUAAUAGCUUGCCUGUGGUGAAUGCUUGUUGUAACCUAGUUGUUUGAAAUAUCUCUUUAGGCUAAAGCUUAAACUAAUGUUGCAUUUCAGACUACCUUAUUAUAAAUAUUGUUCUUGUACUGCUGAGUUAUUAUCUGUAACAGAAACAUGACAGGCUUGCAGUGGAUUUGCCAGUUAAUUCCUGAUUAAUUUUAAGUUGAACUCCCUUUUCACGGUUGCAAAAUCCAAUUCCUUUAUAUUUUUGUUAGUUGCAGAUGGUUGUGAGUCACUGUUCAGUUUUCUUGCUUUUCUUCCCUGGUGAGGUGGCUCAGCAACAGAACUCUGGCAGAAAGCUCGUUCCAGCGCAGGAAUUGUGUUCUGCAUAGUCCCAUAGACGGGAACUGAAUCAUGGAAAACAGUUCUCAGGAAGCAAGUAGAGAUUUUUGCCCAGUACUGUUUUCAUCCUCUGCUUGCCUCCAAGUGUGCUGGGAUUAAAAAUAGGAGUUGAAAAAAGUCAAGACAAAUUUUUUUCAUCAGUCUUCCGUGACCGUAUGUUCAGAAUGAAACGAGGAAGGAAAACUAACGAGGCCAACAGCAGUUCGUCUGAAGACACAACUGAGAAGGAAUCCAAGAGACACAAGGUUGUAGAGAAAAAAACCACAGUUGUGCAGAGUCCUGACUGGGCAAAUCUGCUCCAAGACAUUAUCCUACAGGUAUUCCAGUACUUGCCACUUCUGGAUCGUGCUCAUGCAUCCCAGGUCUGCAGGAGCUGGAACCAAGUGUUUCAUAUGCCUGAUCUCUGGAGGUGCUUUGAGUUUGAACUGAACCAACCAGCCACAUCGAACCUGAGAACUACACACCCCGAACUAAUCAAGCAAAUAAUAAAGAGGCAUUCCAAUCACCUGCAGUAUGUUAGCUUCAAGGUGGACAGUAGCAAGGAAUCUGCAGAAGCAGCUUGUGAUAUUUUAUCACAGCUUGUGAAUUGCUCUCUGAAAACACUUGGGCUAAUUUCAACUGCCCGGCCAAGCUUCAUGGAUUUACCAAAGUCUCACUUUAUUUCUGCACUGACAGUGGUGUUUGUGAACUCCAAAUCCCUCUCUUCACUUAAGAUUGAUGACACACCAGUAGAUGAUCCAUCUCUCAAGGUUCUGGUGGCUAACAACAGCGACACGCUCAAACUGUUGAAAAUGAGCAGUUGUCCUCAUGUUUCUCCAGCUGGUAUCCUUUGUGUGGCUGACCAGUGCCACGGCUUGCGUGAGCUGGCGCUGAACUACCACCUGCUGAGUGAUGAGCUGCUGCUUGCUUUGUCUUCUGAGAAACACGUCAGGUUAGAACACUUGCGCAUUGAUGUUGUCAGUGAGAAUCCCGGACAGACUCAGUUUCACACCAUUCAGAAGAGCAGCUGGGACGCUUUCAUCAAGCAUUCUCCUAAAGUAAACCUAGUCAUGUACUUUUUCUUGUAUGAGGAGGAGUUUGACCUGUUCUUUCGUUACGAGAUUCCUGUCACUCACCUUUACUUCGGAAGGUCGGUCAGCAAGGACGUGCUCGGCCGCGUUGGGAUGACGUGCCCGCGCCUGGUUGAACUGGUGGUGUGUGCCAAUGGAUUACGGCCGCUGGACGAGGAGCUGAUCUGCAUCGCGGAGCGGUGCAAGUACCUGUCGGCCGUGGGCCUCGGGGAAUGUGAAGUCUCUUGCAGUGCCUUCGUUGAGUUUGUGAAGAUGUGUGGCGGUCGCCUCUCUCAGCUCUCUAUUAUGGAGGAAGUUCUGAUUCCUGAUCAGAAAUACAGCUUAGAGCAGAUUCAUUGGGAAGUUUCAAAGCAUCUUGGUAGAGUCUGGUUCCCAGACAUGAUGCCCACUUGGUAAAGUCCUUAAAAGACUCCAGGGUGAAUGGAGUAGCACCUUAAAUGCAAGCUUAUCAUAUUGCAAUUUCCUGUAUAAGCUUAUUUAAUAAUAUAAAUUUUACUGCAAGUCAAUUAAUGGUUUGAUUAGAAAAUUAGUUGUUCUUUCAAAACAUAUUUUGGAACUUAAGCACCACAAAUAGAGUUCCUAGCUCUAAAACCUGUUUUUAUCCAAACUAAAUUCAGGUUUCUGUUUUAGAUUUCUUCUUUGUCGUUAAAAGUGACCUCAGACAUUUUUGGAAAUAAAAAUUAUUUAAAAUAUUGAAAUGUAUUUGCAAAAUACCAGUUUUAAUAUCCUGAUUUUCCUUGAAUUAGAUUAGUAGUAUUGGACACAAUCAUAUUUGAUCUUAAAAAGCCAAACAAAACCCCACCAAAAUUGCAUGCUUUUGUUGCAGACUGUAGCAUAUCUAAAUCCAGUCACCCCAGUGACAAUUAUAAGAAGUGUUUAGUUGCCUGGGAAGUACACACAUUCUGUUAAGUCAUAAAGGCAAGAGCAAUACACAGUAAUAAGUUCAGGCUUCUAAAGCAGUAAGUUUUACCACCUUAUUCAACAGAUUAUUAGAUCCAUCUAAAAUGUAUUUAGAGUGUUAACCAGUAGCGUGAGCUACCAAAAGUGAUGUGGGGUUUUUUUCUACCCUCUAUGCAUUUUAAUGUAGUUUGCUUAUGGGGUCUCUGAUCUGCGUCUAAACCUGUUUUAAGGUAUUUUAUGUCUAGCUCAGGAAGCGAAAGCAUUCUUGGGAAAAAUGUAGAUACAUUGUAUUUAAAACCACACUGGAGGUAAUGAGCUUUUGUUGCACAUUAACCGGUUUGGCAGCAUACAGUGAGAUGGAAUAAUGUAUGGUUUGUGAAAUGAACCCAGCAAUGUUAUCCUGAUGACGUGGGUGAGAGCAGUGUGAGGUGAGAAAGGUAAAAUUUGAAUCUUGACCAAGGACCUUUUCACAAAACCUUAGACUUUUUGGCUGCUUUCAGUUUUACAGAAAUGACAUUGGAACAGUUGCUUAAGCUGUAUAAACUAACUGUAUACUGUAAAUCUGUUUCAGAAAUGUUUAUGUAUAAAGUGAAUGUUUGAUAGAUAAUAAUUUUUGUAUACCUUUAAUUCAGCUAGUUCUGUCAUUUCUUAAUAUUUAACAACCCAAAAGGAGUAGAUUUGGUGAAGUAGAGCAAUAGGCAGAAAUAUGUUUCGAACAUUUGAUAAAUCAGUUUUAUUAAAGGAAGUUUUUAGUUUGUAAGUAUUGUAGGCAAGACACUGCCUGUAAUCUGGAUGUGGCUUGUGACUUCAUUUCUUACUGCCAACAGUUAUUUUCUCCUUGAGGUUACGGUUGGUAACACUGAAGUGUUGCCCAGACAGCUGCAUGUUUGAGAGAUGUGGUCAGCCCUCAGCAAGGCAGAGCUGCCCCUGUGGGCCAGGUUGAGCUUAGCUGGUGGUUGCUUCUCACUUGAGCUGUACAGCCCCUUCUGGUAGUAAGUAUCUCUGAUUUCAGUCAUGUUUAUCCAAGUGCAUAAUUCAGUGUAAUACACUUAUGAGUGUAUUUAAGUUCACACUAUAUUUUGAGCAAACAAUGCUCAGCGGACUGGACAUCUUUAUAGGGAAAUUGUAUGUUUCUGUAGAGCUUUGAUUUAAAAAUUGCAUUUUAUGAAAUAUGCGGUUUUUGUAUUAGAAUUUGUUAAAUUAAUGUAAUACUAUAAUUUGCUUUUAUUUGUACAAAAGGUGUCAAUAUAUUUAGUCCGUGAAAGUAAAAAAGCUCUGUGUCUUUUAUAACCUGACUCUCAGAACUGCCUGUAUGAGAGGUGGAGUGACACUUGUAGUCUGGGGAACAGGAUUUAGUUUUCGCUAAAUUAAUGUGAAAUACCAUUAAUAACGGAGCCAAAACCUCUUUGGACCUUGGCUGUAGGUGUCCCACUGCUGGCAAGAUAAGUCACCAAAAUGCUGGUAGUGGGAAUAACUGAAAGGCAAGGCAGAACCUCAAUUCCAGAUCCCACUCCUGGAAUUCACAGCUUUGAGACCCAGUGUUCUGCUGCUCACAGAGAGGCCUCUGUCACACCCCGGUGUGAGGAGCGUGUUAGGAGCUGAAGGUGGCAGGGUUGGUUGUAGCAGAACUGCCGUCCCAGCAGGAUAACCAGCUGGCCCUGUGAAGGCUGUGUUAUUGCACUGACUUGAAAAAGUCCUUCUGAAUGCAACACAUUAUACUGGUUGUCAAGAUGUUCAGAGAAAGAAAGCUGCUUAAAAGCAGUUGUCUCUCUUUUCCAGUGGAGGUCAGCAGUUUUUAUACAUUGAAUCAAUUACUGCAUCCUUUGUUCAGAGAAUCCAUCUAUAACAUAAACUUGCCAGGCAAGCCUACAGUGCUUUUUUAGCAAAUUCUGUAUGUCUUAUUUUGCCUUCUAUAUGUUGAAACAAAUGAAUAGUAAAUACCUAAAAAUCAUGGCACAAGUAGUGAAAACUCCCGAAGUUCACUAGUAACAUGAACGUGAGUGUUAUAGAUGUAUCAUUUUUCCCUGAGUUCACCUUUGUUAUUUUCAGAAUAACAAAACUCAGUGUUGGCUCAGCUGUCCACUUUUGGGUAGGAGUUAAUGUGUGCAGUGACAAAUCUGACCUCUGAAUCCAAGUGGUUACAAGUUAGGAUAUUGAAGGUAGCAGCUCUCCUAGUCCAGGACACCUGUGGGUGGGUUUAUGAGGGGGAAGGCAGAGACCAUUGGUAUCAAUGAUUUUCAUUGCACAGCCCUUUGGGAAGCAGGAGCAGCACUCUCCAUUUGACCUGGACAGAUGAUGAGCCAGGAUCUGCUUUGCUGGAGAACCCUCCUGGAGUGAAGUGUGGCUUACAACCCUGAGCAGCCCAUGGGUGUAGCAAUGCAGCAGUUUUGCACAAGACCACUGUGCAGACUCGGAAAUUGUAGUACAGAAUGACUGUGUAUUUUUGCCCUCAAGUGCAAUGUGCAUAAGAGCAGAACCAAUACUCUCUAAAGUGGUGAACAAGUCCUGUAUUCCAAGUGUGAGGAAAGACUGAGUGACAGUGACACAAUGCCAGGCUUAUCCUUGAGCCUGGCAGUUUGGACAGACCCCUGCUUCCUACUGUUGGGCAAGUGCUAAUUACCACCUGCUUGUGAGUGAAAUGAAGUGAGAUCCUACCUGUUUCUGCUCCCUGUGGGACUUUCAGGAGGCCAUCCUUAAGUGUUUGAGGUGAACAGGUGGUUUUCGGUCACAAACAGACCAUCAGGUGCACAGAAGCUGUUUGUGACUGGUUUUUUUAAGUUAUAAAAGUGUCAUUUUUAUGGAUCUAUUCUAGGCUUGUCUAAACUGUGCAGAAUUAGCCUAUUCAUUACCUCUGGUUUUUCGGGUCUAACACUGUAGGCCUAACUCAAGGAUUGUGGAUUCUGCCUUCAAGAGAGCACGGCACUCAACAACUUCAACGCAUUCCAGUGUAGUGAUUCCAGUUCAGCUGCAGCAACAGCACCUCUUUCAGGGUUGGAGUUUGUACUGGUGGAGUUUAUUCCCACCAAGCUGUGCAUUCAGUCUGAACAAUUAAUUAACAUAUAAACCCUCUCCAGUUGAGAAGCAAAGAAAGUGAGAGCUCUCUCUCCAACCCCUGUGCCCAGAAGGAAUGAACACUGGGCUCAGAAGGAGCUCAUGUUUGUUACAUAAAGGACAACUCCUACGUUGACAAUUGGUACCUUUAAACUGAGGAUAGUGUUCAAAGUGUGAAACAGACACACGUGGCUGCAUGGAGGAAUCCCCUCAUCAUCGGCACUGUGAUCUGUGGGCUUGCUUCUGUGAUCCCAUUUCCCCUUCAGAGCUUUGAACACUGGGUUGUGAGGUUGAGGAUUUUUCCUGGGAAGACAAAUGUGGGUUUAACAACAUUGAGAGUUUCAAAGUCAUAAAAACAUGCAUUAAUGAGAAUGUGACUUCUGUAGACAGGCUUGCUACCAGCCCCUUUGACUUCCCUAGAGCCUCCUGGAUUACCUUCCUGGUGGUGCUAAGUGGUGCUUGGUUGCUGGCUGAGGUGAAACCACGACAGUAUCUUAAUCCAAAUCUGAGCUCAGUCACAGAGGCCUGUGACUUUGGCUAAAAAGACUCAAGUCUUUGAUGCAAAAGAUGAAGUUUCACCUAACAGUGAAAGUAGCAGCUUGAAGAAAGGUGUGCUCAUCCCCCUCAUUCCUCUCCCAUUACCUCUCCCAUUCAUCCCAUUACAAGAUAAUGCAAUUCAACUAA